CAGAGAUGAUUCGUCAACAAACAAAAACGAAUUUAUUUUGAACCAAACCGGAUGUAUAUUUUAAACCGAAAUCAAACCGGGAAAACCUGUAUUGACGAGCCCUCUUCUUCUUCAGCUAGUGAGAGGCUGCCUCACUUGCUUGCUGGUUUGAUACUGCCAAGUUUUUCGCUUUCUCAGCUCUUCCUUCGAUGGUUGGUGCUUUGAAUAUCAUGUCAGAGACUGGUGAUUUAUGUGUAGAACUUCCCAAAGAUGAUCCCUUUUAUCACCACAAAAAGAAGUUCUUGAGUUGCAAAGGUUUAUGCGUAAAGGAAACAUUGAACCUCAGUGGAUCAUUAUCUCAACAACUGUUGAAUGCUGCAUUGGAAAAGUUGCUUCAUUUUGGACGAAUAGUUAAUCUCGAUAAGGUGGAAGUUUACUUUGGUGAGGAUGCUUGCACUCCUGCAGGAAUUUACAGUGUUAGAAACGAAAUCUCAGCUCUCAGCUGGAUCCUUUCGCUUAUACCGGUUUCUUGUAAGAUGCAAACACAAGUUGAUACCUUUGAAGCUCUACGAGCUGCUUUAAAAGGUAGAAUCAAUGAGGUUGUUGGAGCUGAAAAGGAGAAAGCUAGAGUUGUUGAUAGCUAUAGAUGCGAAAAGGAAAGCAAAUUAGUAGAAUGGGGUCAGGACAAUGGAGUCAAAACCAAAUUGCAGAUAGCUCAAAUUGAUGGCUAUGGACGAGGAGCUAUAGCUAGCGAAGACUUGAAAUUUGGCGAUGUUGCUUUAGAGAUUCCAGUCUCAAGUAUCAUUUCGGAGGAGUAUGUGUACAACUCCGACAUGUACCCAAUAUUGGAGACGUUUGAUGGCAUUACAUCUGAGACAAUGCUGCUCUUAUGGACCAUGAGGGAAAAGCAUAACCUGGACUCGAAAUUCAAACCAUACUUUGACUCUCUGCAAGAGAAUUUUUGUACCGGUUUGAGUUUUGGGGUUGAUGCAAUCAUGGAGCUUGAUGGUACAUUGCUUUUAGAUGAAAUAAUGCAAGCUAAAGAGCUUUUGCGUGAGAGGUAUGAUGAAUUGAUUCCUCUUUUAUCGAACCACCGGGAAGUAUUUCCACCGGAGCUCUAUACAUGGGAACAUUACUUAUGGGCUUGUGAGUUGUAUUACUCAAAUAGCAUGCAAAUCAAAUUCCCAGAUGGAAAGCUGAAGACUUGCUUGAUUCCUGUCGCCGGUUUUCUCAACCAUUCUAUAUACCCACACAUAGUGAAAUAUGGAAAAGUAGACAUUGAGACGAGUUCCUUGAAGUUCCCAGUCUCAAGGCCUUGCAACAAAGGGGAACAAUGUUUUCUUAGCUACGGAAACUACUCUAGUUCGCAUCUGUUAACAUUUUACGGAUUUCUACCAAAAGGGGAUAACCCGUAUGAUGUCAUUCCCUUAGAUUUUGAUGUCAUUGAUGAUGAAGACAUCGAGACCGAGUUUUCUUGGACAACUCACAUGUUACGCGGGACUUGGCUAUCGAGUAAUCACAACAUCUUCCACUACGGCUUGCCUACUCCAUUGUUGAACUACUUGCGCAAAGCUCAUGGUCUUGUUCAUCAUUCUGAAACAGAUUUAUGGAAGAACUUGGAAGUUGAGAUAGGAGUACUUGAGAAUCUCCAAUCCACAUUCGACGACAUGAUGCAAAAUCUUGGCGAUGCAGAUUCUAUCGACAGAGAAAACGCGGAUUGGGAUGUUAAACUAGCGAUGGAGUUCAAAGAGCGGCAGAGAAAGAUUGUCUCAUCCAUUCUUGAUUCAUGUUCUGCAGGUAUCAAACUAGUUCAAGAAUCCAUAACUAACCCACCGGUUUAGCUAAGGUAGAAUGAGAUGAGAACCUGAUCUUGGAUUCAGCUUAUACUGUAUUAUGAAAUGUAUCUUCUUGACAAAGUUAAAUUGUGUGAGUUAAAAGACUUUAGUUCAAUUUUAGUUACAUUUUAGUUACAUUUUAGUUACAUACUUCCUCUGUUUAAUCUCAUUAGACACCUCUUUUUUUCUUGCUUAUAUAAUUGCUUCAUAUCCACGUAAUCUCAUUAGACACCUCUUUAUAUAAUCUCAUUAGAAUUUAUAAAUUUAUGUACUUACGUACGUACGUACG